UGAGAAUAUUUUCGUAGCUAAGGGCAAAACUAAGCUAUGAGCAUCCCUUCAAGCUUUCUGUAUUUGUUGAUCCUUCUUUUGUUUUGCCUCUCGUGUGGAUAUUCCCUUCAUGGAGAUAAGAACGAAAAGCCAAGUGUUGACGUUGUUUCAUAUGCGAAGGUACAUGUUGGUGAUGGUGAUGCAUUGAAGAAGAUGCAAUUACAAGGAAGAAGUGGAGAAGAGUUUAGUAAGGAGACGACAAAGAUGAAGAUGAAUCCGAAGAAGCCAAUAGAGAAGGAGACGGGUGUUGAGGAAGAGGAUGAUCUCGUCGCCUACACUGCUGAUUACUGGAAACCAAGGCACCAUCCUCCCAAGAACAACUGAUCACUUCUUUUUCAAAAAAAAAAAAAAAAGAACGACUGAUCAGAUAUAUCUUACGUUUAUAUAA